AUGUUGAGACAAAAUUAUGCAAAAUUUCUCAUUGACUUUUACGUAUUGCCAAAGGACCCUACUCAACAGAAAAUUUUCCAGUCCGCGAGGAAACUGAAACAUCAACACGAUAUGAGUUUUAAGGAAUCAAUUCGGCAAUCCAUUAAACUAAGAAAAGAUCUGUUUGAGGUUCUAUGGCCCAGUCAUGACAUCAACAUUUCUAAUGAUGAAAACCAUGAAAACAAUGAGGAAGAAAAUGCACUGACCUGUUUCAAAAAUGCUGUAAUGGAAAGUGAGGAAUUGGACUCAGAUUUGUUUGCGAAUUGGGUGCGAGGCUCAAAAGGACUAGAAUAUUUACAGGAAGGUCUUCAAGAAUUUGUUGGAGAAAAGGUACUGCAAUGUCGUGAUAAUACUCUUAAAAAGGUAAUCUUGACAUUACCAUCUGGAUCACCACACAACAGUGCAACCAAUGUACGGAAAAUAAUCUUUCUCCAGAUCAUUUUCAACUCUACGAAGGCAUGUAGCAGACGCACAUGUUACCAAAACAGGCCACCAACUGUUUUGGAAGCAGACCAGUUGGACGAAGGAAAUGCCCUGAUGGCAUAUGUAGCGAGAGACACCCGAAAUAAAAUCUUACAUAGCUCAAAGCUUGAAAUCGAUGAAACAACUGUGUGUUCUUAUUUGGACGCGUUCAUUGUAGUUCUUCAAGAUCCAAAGUGUCUGAUUAACGAUGAGGCAUCAAAGAAAGCUGUUGAUAAACUAACACAGUUAAAAAACAACAAAAUACACAUAAGCCAAGGAGACAAAGUAUCACUUCUUCAGAUGAGAAAUAAGGCAUUAACCGAACUUGACGACAAAAUAGCAGAACAUUUGCGUAAACUCGAUGAGAAAGCAUUAGCUUUACGGUAUAAAUUAAAGCUAGAUGUUGAUGAGUUUAAGGAUUCUGCUUUGGCAGAUGUUGAGAACGCAGGUAUAUCGGUAAAGCAAUCACUAACUGUAGAGAAAGGGGUUGCCAUAUCUGACAUUGCCACAGCCAGGAAAGAGGGUAUACAUGACAUUGCUGGGAAGACUACUGAUGGUAUUUCUGAGAUAAAAGCAGUCGGGGGACAGGCAUUACAAGAAAUAUCCGAGGCAAAAAACGAUAUUGAUGGACAGAAAAGUGAAGCUAUAUCUGAAAUUUGUAAUUUAAAAAAAGACGUUUUAUCUGUAAUCACCAAGGCUGGUACAGAAGCAAAAGAAAAUUUUCUUGUUGGGGCUAGUGCUGCUAGGUCUGAUAUGAGCGGAAAAGUUGUUUUAAGAGAAUCCAUUUUCCAAAAAGUUCGUCGGAAGCUCAAAAAUGCGUUCAGUCCUUCAAGUUCAAAAUCACAUUUUAAGGUGUUGCCAAGCCAAUCAAAGAAAGACCUGAAGAAUGAACUUAUUACAUGGUACAACACCAAUAAGAGCACAGUUUGUCUUUCACCACUCACAGAUGCUUUCCCUACCCCUCUAGCCGGGUUCUACAUUAUGCCAGAAAUUGACAUACAGACUUAUUUGCCAGGUGGAAGGAAAGAAACAACUAGAGUCAAGUCGUUACAGGAUCUGUUUACAUGGGGUAAAAAAGUUCCACAAGAAAUAUAUUUAUCAGCGGUCGCUGGAUUUGGGAAAACGGCAUUUUCAAAAUAUCUUGCCUUGACAUGGUGUCAAGCUCAUCAAAAGGGUGAAAAUUAUAAGCAUUUUAAAGAAGAAGAGUUAAAAGCAUUAUCUAGCUUUGAGUUUUUAUUUAUGGUGGAAUUGAGAGAUUCAGCUAAAGUCUGUGAUGUCGACGACAUGAUUGAACAACAAGUCAUACAAUACCUUCCUUGCUCAUCUUCAAUGCCAAAAGGUCUAUUAAAGGACAUUCUACAUGAUGAAAAGUGUCUUGUUAUAUUAGAUGGACUAGAUGAAUGGACUCAUCCUGACAACAAUUGUACAAGACUUCCUAAAAGUAUUCCGCAUCGAUAUGCACGUGAAAAAUGUGUAAUCUUAACAACGACCCGCCCAUGGAAGCUUGGAAUGUCAAACUUGAAUCAAAUAGGCGAAACAGUAGAGCUAGUUAAACUAAAUGAAGACAAUAUCAGGAAGUUUAAUUGUAAUGCUAUGAAAAUGUUGAAUGUAAACCUUCAAGAUGGUGAACUGCAAAAUGAAGUGUGUAGAUUUGAAGAAGCAAUCAGUGACCAUGACCUUGAAGACAUGGAAUCCACCCCUCUUCUGUUACUCUAUCUUAUAUGUUUAUGGGUUGAAAAAAUUCCAAUAGGAAAUUCCGCAGUAGAAUUAUAUACAGGCAUUAUUCAACUCCUUCUAUCUAGAACAGAAAAGUUACAUGGAAAGUUUCAUUCAUCGUGUGAAAAGUCUCUGAGUUACAUUCCUGAUUGUUUCAGAAAACAUCAACAUUUUUGUAGUUACUACACGUUUCUGUUGACUAUUGGGGAACUAGCUUUUAAUACAUUGUUCAGUAAGAAAAAGGAGCACACAUUAGUUUUUGAUGAACAUGUUGCUGAAAAAUAUCUUAACCAAGAAGAUUUGAAAUUAAGUUGUCUAUCAGGAAUAUUAUCUGAAAUCAACUACCAGCAGCCAGUAAACUACAAACAUUUAAGUGUGGUCUUCUAG